GUAAAGGUUUUAAAUGUUAAAAGAUUUACAAUUUUAAAGAAAAUUUUUAAAAAUUUUUUUAAAUUUUAUACGAAAACAGUGAUAAAGAGUGACUAAAUAGCAAAAAAAAAAUCGAAAGUUUUAAAAUAAACUUUUUUACUAAUUGGUUUUGAUACCAAGAACAAAUUAAGGAUUAUUUUUGUUGCAGCAACAAUUAAGGAUUGUUUUGGAUACAUUUACAAGAAAAAUAAUUAAAAAAAUGCAUUUCAAUUAUUUCCUACUAGUCUCCUUGGCAUGUUUUAUAGGCUACAGUCAGACGGCCGAUACUACAAGCGUCACAGCCUCAGCUACAACAGCCAAGCCACAAGGCUUUCAAUCACGUUCCAUAGUUGCCGCCGAUGAAGAUGAUGCUGGCGAUGAUGUUUUCGAAACUCAAGCACAAACACAUUUAGCCUACAGACAACAGCAGCAACAUUACCUACAGCAACAACAACAGCAACAUCACCAGCAGCAACAACAACAACAACCGCUCUAUGAUUAUAGUCAGUCGGAGGAGGAUCAAGAGGAACCCCCUCGGCAACAGUAUCAAACACGUAAACAACAACAGCAGCAACAACAAAACUAUCAGAGUGCAAGAGCAAAUUCUAAACAAAAACAGUCAAGCGAAGAAGAGACUGAGGAGGAGGAAGAGGAACCCGAUAGACUAUCAUUGUUGUUGGCUCAAUCGAAAUUUGCCUGCAAUGGCAAAACUACUGGUUACUAUGCUGACGACACACUCAACUGCGAAGUCUUCCAUUAUUGUCAGGAAAAUCAACGUCACUCUUGGAUCUGUCCCGAAGGUUUCACCUUCCAUCAAAUUCAUUUGAUUUGUAUGCCACCCUCAAAUGAUAACAUUUGCCAACAGUCAUCCAAAUAUCAUAUUGUCAAUGAAUAUUUGUACAAACCUGUCAAUUUGCAAGAACAUCAAAGUAAACCCAAUGUAACAUUGCGCUAUUCGGAACGUUAUUAUCCCGAGAGUUACUAUGACAAUGAUCGUUAUGAAGAUGAAGAAGAGGCACCCAGACCACGUGUACAACAUCACAGACAACCACUUCAAGUGGGUUUCCAUCAGCAACAACAGCCUCAAUAUCAACGAGCACAAUCUGUGCCACAGCAACAACAGGUACGUCAUCAAUCUGUGCAACAGCAACAAAUCUCGCAACCUCAACAGACUACAGUCUAUCGUAAACCAUUGCCAGUAACCACUAUUCAACCUCAAAUUCAACCACAAAUCCAACAAAUACGUAAUCAAGCGCCUCCACCCACUGUAACACCCUCGCCCUAUCGUUUCUUUACCGCUGCACCACAAUUGCAACACUUGCAACAGAACCAACAACAGGUGUAUCGUACACCCGAAGAAAUUAACAUUUCCCUACAACAGAGACGUCCUCAGAUCUUUAUAGCCAGCACAACACCGCGUUACUAUGAGGAUGAGUAUUUGUACGAAAGAAAGUAAACGAAAGUUUCUGUCGCGAUCAAAGUGAAAAGCAGAGGCCUUUUCUUUUGAACCCCUAAAAGUCUACUUUAGUUUUCAUUCUUAACUUAAUAUCCUCAUUUAAACUAUUUUCUACGGAAAUAUUUCAUUUAUUUUUAUUUAAACAUUUUAUUUUGAUUAUUACUUUUUCUAAUGUUUGUAGCACGAAAAAAACAAUACUUUUGCAAUUUUAUUGUAAUUAUAUAUUUAAAUUUAUUAUUUUUUUUUUCAUCGUAUGUUUUAUUUUAUUUUUUUGUUUGCUUUAUGAGAAUAUAUUAACUAUUGAGUAAUAUUCUACUUCUUUUAGAUUUAAUAAGUUUAAUUUAAUUUUUAUUAACAAAAUACUGCGCGAAUAGUCCCAUACAACAAAAAAACGGAAACAUACAUAAAUAAACGAAAAAACUUAUGAGAUUUAUUUUAAAUGUUUUUAAUCUUUAAGUUUUUGAUUCUAGUAGAUUUGAAUUAUUUUAAAAAAAAAUAUAUUAUUAAACAAAAUGAAAAUAAACGUUUUUUAUAUACAAUACUUAAAUGUA